AGUGAAGGAGAAGUGAAGGAGAAGUGAAGGAGAAGGAAGAAGCCGACAUGUCAUCUUCGUCGCUGAGAUCCGGGUCGUUGUUUGGGCCUGGAAGGCGCCCUCGUGCUGCAUCAACCACCACAACACCAUUGCGGGUCUUCGAUGAGACCCUCACGCCAAAGACGAAACAGAUGAUCAAGAUGGGCGUCACGCCGUUGCGCGGAGCGAAAAAACACAACGUCAAGCAGGAGCUGCGAACGCUGUCAAACGUGAGCAAUACGCCCCUGCAAAACAGGCGAAAGCGCCCAAAGCUGCAACUGCAGUCCACCGCAGCACCAGCAUUUGAUGCAGUCGAGGCCACACCAUCACGCAAGCGCGGCAACUCCACUCGCCAGGUGGACCGGCUCAAGCGGGCACUGCAGGAUGCAGAGGCAGAGAACGAGCAGCUCAAGCAGCAAAUUGAGACCUUGCGAGGCGCAGCAGCACCACACGCACAGCAACAACAGGCACAGCAGCAGCAGGCACAGCUCACCAACGGCACAGGUGGUGCAAGUGCUGAUGAUGAUGCUGACCAUGCCAGCACCGUGUCGACCCCAGCAAGCAAAGCGGUGCCUGUUGCCGCAGGCUCGGCAUCCAAGCAGAGUUCUCCCGAGGCACUGGAGAUGCUCCACUGCCGUGCCAUUGGCAUGAUCCAGCACUGCCUGUCGCGUGCAGAGCAGCAUCUUGAGGAAUUGAAUGACAGCACCACAACAACGGCAGCAUCCACGCCUGCGCAGUCCAACAGCGCUCACGCCACGUCAUUCACCACCUCCACAACCAACGGCGCCACCACCUCUGAACCGCGCCUGUUGCAGUCGCGUGUGCAGGAAGCGCUCACUCAGCUGGGCACAGCGGCAGCACCACCAUCCGCCCUCCCCGACACAGUCACACCAGGCCCGUACCGCAAGCAGCGGCGUGCUGUCGCACUCCCACCACACAUGCGCCACACAGCCGCCAUCAACACCGCCGGCAGCAACACCAAUGGCAACAGCAGUGUGGAGGGAGGGCAGUCCCCAUCAAGCGCCAGCAGCGAACAGGAGCAUGCGGGUGCAGUGCAGACGGGGUUUACGCCGCGCGUGACACACGUGCGCCAGAUUUUAGCCAGCCUCGUGGCCCCACUUCGCAUCUUCUCUCCAGGCAAGGACUCCUCCGAGGAGGCGAGGGUGAGCAAUGCCCACACCAGCGAUGGCGAACGCGACAGUGCUGCGCCUGCAAGCAAGCUGCAGCCACCGCGCGCGCUGCCCACCAUCAUCAUUGAGGAUGUGGAUGCAACACCGCGGCGUGGAAAGGUGUUCCAAGCCGAGAUGGGCACAUCGCCCAUGACACCUGUCGCUGCAGCCACCAUGUCAAGCACAGCAACAAUGACAUCCACGCCGGCCAAGAAGCAGAUGUCCACCACAUCCACGGCAAUGUCUCCCGUUGUGAGUGAGGCCAUGGGCGCGCAGACCGUGCACGUGUCUGUGCAAGAUGCAGAGACCCAGGCGAGUCGGGUGGCAACACCAGCCCGCCCUGUGCUUGCAAGCACGGCCACGUCACCGCUUGCCAUCCAACAAGCUGACAUGGGCACGAUGACGUCGCCCGUGGCGGAUGCAGACGGACAAGUGCAAGCCUGCAAGGACCUGCCACGCGAGCAGCUGCUGUCGCAAGUGGAGGUGAUGGCCAUCUCCAACGAGGUGCUGCGAGACGAGAACAGGCGACUUGGGCAGCAAGGCAGCGAGCUCAGGUCAACCCUGCAAACGGUACAGCAGGAGCUGGGCGCGCUGAAGGAACACCUGCUCACCAGCAAGGAGGAGAGCGACGCGCUUGUUUCGCAGCUACAGCUUCGCAUUGGUGAGCUGUCACAGGAGAAGGAUGACCUGGAACAGCGAUUGGCCUCAUUUGCGGACACGGAGGCGGUGAUUGAGUCGCUGACAAGCGAGAGAGACACAGCCACAGCAGGGCUGGAUGCAGCAACGCAAGAGCUGGAGUCGCUCAAGGCCGAGCUUGCGUCCUUGCAGGAGGCCAUGCACACAGAGCAGCGUGAGCACAGCGACACGCAGGCCCAAAUGGCACAACAAGUACAGGAGUGGGAGUUCAAGUUCACAGAGCUGACAGCUGAGAAGGAAGAUUUGAUGCAGUCCUUUGAGGCCUUGAAGGCGGAGACAGCCGACACACAGGCAUCCCUUGAAGCGAAGAUCGCGCAGCACCAGGCGAGCUACACGCAGCUGCAGGGCGACAUGAGCACCAUGUACCGCCAGCACAAGGCGGAGGUCACCGCGCUUGAGCACAAACUGCAGUCCAACGCGUACGAGACGCGCCUUGCCGAGCUAGUGGAGGAGAACCAGCUCCUCACCACCCGCGUCAGUGCCAUGGCCACGGCGGAGGCAGCGGUCAAGGCGACAGCUGCCAAGAGUGCGGCCGCCGUCACAGCACUCCAGCGCAUCACCGCGGUACUUGAGGAGCGGGCACAGCAGCUUGAGGCCGAGUUGAGUGCGGCGCAGCAGGCGCGAGAGAGCGCGCAUGCGGAGGUGGAGUUUGCGCGCGCUGAGCUGCAGCGGAUGCGGGAGGACCACGCCGUACAGGAAAGGACAGCUGAGGACGCGCGCGAGGCACUGGAUGAGAUGUCCUUCAAGUGCGACGAACUGCAGGUGGAGCUGGAGGAGGCGACUGCCAACGCCGAGUCUGCACAGCAAGAGCGAGACGCAGCAGUUGCUGAGUUGCAGCAAACGCGUGAGAUGCACACGACUGCACAGGAUGCCCUCAACCAAGCGACAACACAAGUCGACGCUCUCACAGAGGAGCUGGAGGAAACCAAGCGGCAGCUUGCGCGCCUUUCUCGCCGCACAGAGCAGACGGAGAGCGAGUACGAGCAGACGAAGCAGUACCUCGAACAAGAGCGCGCUGCCAACAGAGAAACCAUCACCGAGCUUGAAGACUGCUUGCAGAAAACAAAGGCGCAACUGCAGGUUCAAGAGCAAGGCGCCACAACUGCUUCCCAAGAACUGGAGGAGUGCCGGAACUUGCUUGAAGCGCAGCGCACGCAAGUCAACGCCCUCAACGAUCAACUGGUGGACAAGGAGUUUGCAUUGGAGCAGGCAACAACGCAACUGCAACAGGCAACACAGAUUCGCGAGCACGAGGUUGGAAAGUGGAUGCGGCGCUCAAACAAGCUCAAGACGUUUAUUGACGAAUACAAGAAGCGGACAGAGGCUAAGAUGGAGCAGCUGAAGAAGAACUACGAGGCCGCGGAGAAGGAAGUGUCUCGCCUUGACCGCCAGCUUCGUGCCCUGAAGCGCGGGCAAGAUCACGAAUAGCCGUGCUUCCCACCACUCUCGUGUCUUGUGCAUUGUGUGUGUGUGCGUGUGUGUGUG